AUGCAGUACCCACUGAUCAAGGACUUAGGAACUCCUACCGAGCAUCUGCCUUACGCCACAGACUUUCCAUACACCACGCGCAAGGAUUCUACUGGGUGUUUUCAGGCCGGAUAUGAUGAACCGAAGAAGUUUGGUCUCUUUGACGACACCGCUAUGGAGAAUGUUGUUAGGAAUAAUGCACUCAAGGUAUUUCCAGAAAUUUCGGAGAAGUUCAAGAAGCUCGAAGCUGCAUCUGAGUGA